AGUCAACAAUGACCAGUCUAAAGGUAUUCCGAAAGAAGAUUAAAAAUGGAAAGACGAAAGGGGAGAAUUAAACAAAAUAUUAGGGCACACCUUCUUGUUAUGUGAAUGCAGAGAGUAUAAAACUAACAUAGCAGGAUGAUAGACAUAGCUGUACUGGCGGGAGUGGCUAUUGUCAUUUCCUCUGUUGUGAUGGUAUUUGGAUGUGUUUGUCAUCUGUUUAAGAGAGGAUCAGGAUUCACAACAUUUGAAAAUGAUUUGGAGGGUGGCUUUGGAAACACAGUCUUUUCCCAAGAUACCUCUGAUAUAUCACAAGUUACAUUUGAGACCAUCCCAGAUAUACUAGCCAAGACAGUCACUGCUACAGCAUUGAGGCCUAGAAUAUCCUGUACCAAUACAGAAAUACAGAAACAAAGUGCCAAACGAGUCGCAUCCUUUAAAGCUUUUCCCAGGAGUCAUCUGACCUACAUAAAAGAAAUGGGUGUUGGUUGGUUUGGUCAGGUCCUUGUAAGUGAAGCCUACAACAUGGUGACAAGUAGUAGGAGUACACGUGUUGUUGUUAAAAUGAUGAAGGAUGAUGCCAACUCUACAGAACAACAACUAUUCCUUCAGGAUCUCUCAGUCUACAGAGAGAUGGACCAUCCCAAUGUGUUGAAGUUACUAGGACAGUGUACAGAAGCCUCUCCUUUCUUAACUAUUGUUGAGUAUGCUAGCAUGGGAGAUCUGAAGAGUUACCUGAGAAAAGAACGACAGAUUGUAAAAACGAUGAAGGAUGGUAUAGUGAGGAUGCAGUUCUUAACAGACAUGGCGUCAGGACUGCAAUGUCUACAUGUCAAUGGAUAUCUUCAUCAUGAUUUUGCUUGUCGUAAUUGUGUGGUGAUGUCAAAUAUGACUGUAAAGAUAGGGGAUUAUGGUGUAGCUGAAGACCACUUUAGGGAGGAUUAUUAUGACAAUGGCCAGGACCUUUUACCAAUCAGAUGGAUGGCUCCAGAGAGUAUAUCUUUAACUAAUUCUAUUUGGCAAGUUACUGAGUUCACUAAACAGUCAAAUAUGUGGAGUUUUGGAGUAGCCAUGUUUGAAGUAACAGAAUAUGGACACCAACCCUAUAAAGAUCUCACAGAUGAAAUGGUCCUACAGAAUAUGAUUAAAGCUUAUCCAACAAGUUUAGAGCUACCCCACACAGACGAUCCUAUUAAAUCUCAAUUGUACCAGAUGAUGCAGCUGUGUUGGCAGGACUCGUCACAUCGUCCACAGAUAGAGGAGAUUCAUGCUCAGCUUCAGAAGAUUCAAUCUGAAAAAGAGGCUGCAGAUGAAGCAGAGUUUGAGAGGAAGUGGGCCAAAAUGUCCACACGGGAAGCUAGAGUUGUUAAAGUUGAAGUUCAUGCCAGUGAUAUUUCGGGAAUAAAACAUAAUGUUGUCGAUGACAUUUGUGCAGCAGAUUUUAAUUCCAAUUCCUUGCCUACUCACAUCAAUGCUGAUGAAAAGGGAGACAACUUUAAUUGUGAAAUUGUCAGUGGAAGUAUAGGUCAUGACAGUCCUAUUAGUACUCCUAACAGACCUACUGUCCAUCGGUCUACCAGUACACCUGUAGGGUCAAAUAAAGAUUCAAACAAAGUCAGUAAUUCUCAGCCUAGUACUCCUUUAUCGUCAGUAAAAGUUACGAACAAAGUCACUAGAUCUCAACCUAGUACUCCUCAAGUGUCAGACAAGGAUAAAAACAAAGUCGCUAGAUCUCAACCUACUACUCCUCAAGUGUUCGCCAAAGAUGUAAAUAAAGACAGUUAUUCUCAGAUCAAUACAUCUAAAGUUUCAUUGGAUGACAGGAACAAUGUCAGAAAUUCUCAGUCCACCACAGAUGAGGUCAAAUCUAGAAAUAGUGCUCAAACCCUUACAAACAAGUACCAAACUGAUAUUAGACCUCAGCUAGCUACAAACAAUGACCAAGCCCUUAUUUCUACUGACAAGGAACCAGUAAAGCUUAAUAACAGUAUACCGGACAUAUGUUUAAAUGGUACAAAAAUAGAGGACAGUCCUAGUUCAGACAGUAGCUUUUGUGAGACACAAUUAGAUUUAACAGUAGAUAAAGAAAGUAAAAAUUCACAAAGUGUCAUUCCCGGAGGUAUGGAUAGAAGUGAAGAGAAAAAACAUAAAAACGAGAAUAGCGUUAGUUUUGCUAAUAAUGAAGUUACAAAUUCACGAGAUCCUUCAGGACAAUUUAAUAGUGUUGAUAGUAUUAUAGAUUUUGAAGAAAAAUAUGGUGAAACUCCUAAUAGUGUUCAUAAAAAAGAUAUAUUAGAUAACUUGCCAAAGAGUGACAAUGUUGAAGAUAUCUAUUCUGAAACAAAUGAUAAAUCAGACAAUAUUGACGAUUUGUCAGAUGAGAAUGAAGAGGAUGAGGCUGAGAAACUAAGACUGUUAAAGCUAACUCUAUCUGGUGUUUUAUUAUCGACAGACGUUAAAAGUUCCGUAGAUGAAAAUAGUGGAAUAUCUAGUCCAACAUCAGACGACAUGGAUAUUGCACGUGAAAUUUACAUUUCAAAGGGCAUGUCUGCUCCUCCAUCUAAAUAUACAUCAACUCGUAGUCUAAAUACAAUUCUGGAAGAUGAACUUCUUUGUGAGGAUGAACCUCAGACUAAAGCCUUCUCAAACGAACUAAAGUUUGUUGAACCUUCAGAGGAAUACAAUAUGUCUGAUUCUUUCAUAGACAGUUUUGAAUGGGAUGACUACAUUGGAGAUGAACUAGUGGGCCGGGUCCGUAGUAGUGACAUAUCUCCAAGAGAGUCCAUUGAUUUCCCAGAUUGGACAAUGGAACAAGACUCCUCUAGUCAAGACAGUGAAAUUCAUAAUGACUCCAAAAACGAUGCUAAUCGGAGUGGAAAAUCAGGAAGAAAAAUUAAUGCUUCUAACUUGUCAGACUCUGAGGUAAAGAACAGUCCACUUGGAGCUUUGGCUUCUUCUAAAAGUCCAAAGAGUCCGCUUGGAGCUCUAGCUUCUACUAAAAGUCCAAAGAGUCCGCUUGGAGCUGCUGCGCAUUCUUAUGUAAAACAUAUCCUCUCUAAUCGUUCAUCUAACACUAAUAAGAAUGUAUCUUUCUACUCCUUCUCUCAUAAUACUGACCAGGACCAGGAGCAUGGUACCAGUACUACUCCCCAAUAUAACCCUAUGGAUGAAUGGGAAAUAUGACACACAAGGAUUCUGAUGAAGAUACUACACUACUGGAUACAGAUAAGACUCUGACAGAAGAUGGUGUUGAAAAGGAGUAGAAAAGUCUGACAGACAAUCCAGUUGUUUCAAAAUAUUGCUUUAUAUUUGCUGUGUGAUAUCUAAAUUCACCAAAAAAAUGUUACAGAAAAGUGCUUGAUGUCUGCAAUGUCUGCAAUGUCAAAUUUUGUUGAUUUCACAAUUUCGACUAAUUUUCGGCAGACAUAUGGUGUGAUAUUUUCGUGUUUAUUUUGAAAUCAAUUUAACUGGAAAACUAUUGUUAAUCCUUGUGGAAUGAUUUGGUUUAAAUUGUUUUGGUUAUUAUAUACCGGUACAUUAAUGCCAAAAUUAAUGAGUAAGAGCUUGUGACUUUAUAUUCCCUCGUUUGACGAGGAAAUAGAUACUAUGUAUAUUUAAAAACAGUCUUGUAUAAUUCAAAAAACUACUGAACUUUUAUGACACAAGAAGACAGAAGUGCUUUCAAUCCACAAAUUUUGUAUAUAAUAUAUUAUAUUAAUAAUAUUGAAAUAACAGUAUUGGUUUAAUCACAUUUAUUGCCGAUUUCACAGAUUUAAGUAUCCAGCGCCAUCUGUGGUUAUUAGUGUACAUGAAAACAUCAUUUAACAAUUGAUUUAUAUAUUUGUGUUAUGACAUUGAUUACUCUGACCCAAGAACCUUUAUAAAUCCUGGAUAUAGAAUUCCAUAAUUCAUCAUCGAAUAUACAUUUGGGGAAAUUGCUGAUGACUAUCAGGUGAUGUGUUUAAUUGAGACAAAACAUUUAAAUAAACUUCUAUACAGUGUAAACAAACUGUUCCUCUUUGUUGUUAAUAUAAACUUAGACCACAAACCAGUUAAGGGACAGACUGCAACUUCAAUGAAAAUUUCAAACAGAAUUUUUAAAUAAAUCUUGAUUUUUUAGAAUUUUUACUUUGACAGACAAGAAAGAUGAAUUAGAAUUAUUCCCCUUUAGAAUCCCUCUUGGGAAAAGAUUUAAGUUAAUUGUUCAAGAAAUCAAUGUUUAUUUUUGAUGCAUGACAGAUACAAACCAUUUUAUACUUAAAUGUUUAUUUGCUCUUAGUGUGUAAACUGUGUUCAGUUAGGCCAGAAUGAAGAUAGUUUUAGUGUCUCAACAACCUCUCAGCAUCAACUUUUUUAUUAGUUUUGAUAAAAAAAAACCAGAACAUUGAUAUUCAUAACUUUUAGUGUGUAUUCCCUCAUACCAAAUUAUUUUUUAAGAAAAGAAAUUUAAGAUGAAAAAAAAUACAAACUUAUUUUCCAAUAAAAUAUUAAUAAAAAAAAAGAAAGAAAACCAAUCUUUCUCAUUAGAAAUUAAGAAGAUUU